AGUAUCGACGCCCGGCGAUCCGCAUAGUACGUCAGUGGCCGGCAGCACAGCUGGUUAUCUUGUCUGCGGGUUAAAAAAUAAAAAAGGUUUUGAAAUGGCGGGAAUUUUGAUCCAGGUGUCAUGCUUAAUUUUGGGCAUAAUAUCCACAACAGUGGGGUUGGACAACGGCCUGGCGUUAACCCCACCGAUGGGCUGGCUAACGUGGGAACGGUUCAGGUGCAUAACUGACUGCAAGAAGUAUCCUGAUGAGUGUAUCAGUGAAAACCUGAUAAAGCGCACUGUGGACCUCAUGGUCAGCGAUGGGUACCUCGAAGCAGGGUACGAGUACGUCGGCAUCGACGACUGCUGGCUGGAGAAGAAGAGGGGACCAGACGGCAGGAUGGUGCCGGACAGGGAACGCUUCCCGAGCGGGAUGAAGGCGCUUGCUGAUUAUAUCCACAGCCGAGGUCUCAAGUUCGGCAUCUACGAGGACUACGGCAACCUGACGUGCGCGGGCUACCCCGGCGUGCUGGGCAGCGAGCAGCUCGACAUUGACACAUUCGUGGAGUGGGACGUCGACUACAUCAAGCUGGACGGCUGCUACAUCGAGCCUGAGCAUAUGGACAGUGGCUAUCCUGCAUUCGGGGAAAUGUUGAACAAGACUGGUCGCCCCAUACUGUACUCCUGCAGCUGGCCAGCGUAUCAGGAGGAUGCUAAGAUGCUGCCGGACUACGCGUCAAUCGCUAAGCACUGCAACCUCUGGCGCAACUGGGACGACAUCGAGGACUCCUGGGCGUCUGCCUCCAAGAUCAUGGACUGGUUCGGGGACAACCAGGACCGUUUAGCUCAGCACGCUGGCCCGGGACAUUGGAAUGACCCGGACAUGCUGCUGAUAGGUAACUUCGGCCUUUCCGAAGACCAGGCAAAGACCCAAAUGGCAGUAUGGGCAGUGCUUGCUGCGCCACUCCUCAUCAGCGCCGACCUGGCCACCAUGAAGCCGGAGUUCAAGAGGAUCCUCCUCAACAAGGACAUCAUCGCUGUCAAUCAAGAUAAGCUGGGGAAACAGGGACUUAGGGUUUGGAAGCAAAGGAACAUAUCGGUGUGGAACAGAGAACUGUCGGAUGGUGAGCGAGCACUAGCCUUCGUUAGCCAGCGGGAAGACGGCAUACCCUACGCCGUCAGCUUGACCUUCAAGGAUAUGCAGCUGCCUGAACAAACCUACGAAGUGCAGGAUUUAUACAACGAAGAAAAGUCUCGCACUGUAAGUCCUGGCGAAGAGUUCAACGUUCGUAUCAAUCCAUCAGGAGUGAAGUUCUACAAAUUCAUCCCAAAGAACAAGGUCCUGGGCUCUGUACAAGCAAAGCAAAUACUCAACUCAAAUGUAUUUAAUAACGAAAUAAAUAAUAAGCAUUAGUUUCACAAUAA